AUGCCGGUGAAAAUCGAUACCAACAAAGAAGGGGACGGUCAAACAUUCCCGAAAACGGGACAAACUGUAACCUGUCACUAUGUAUUGACGUUAGAAAAUGGUGAAGAGGUAGACAGUUCACGUUCACGUGGCAAGCCAUUCAAAUUCAAGAUCGGCGCAGGUGAAGUCAUCAAAGGAUGGGACGAGGGUGUUGCAAAGAUGUCUGUUGGCCAACGUGCGAAGUUGACGGUUUCAUCAGAUCUUGGUUAUGGUAGCCGAGGAAUUCCAGGCGCUAUACCACCAAAUUCAACUUUGAUUUUUGAUGUUGAACUUCUUGGUGUGGAAUAA